CGGGCGUUGAUUGGCGAAGGUGGAGCUGCCGGGUCCUCGCCCCGAGGCGGCAGCUGGAGGGGCUGGAAGAGGAGGAGGAGGGAUCGCUGGCACCGGCCGCUGUGGCCGCCCGGCCUGCCCUUUGUGCCCGCAGCCCGUGCCCCGCGCGGAUGGCCGCCCCGCCGGGCUCCCCGGCCACGCGCGCCCGCCCGCGGACCUAACCGCCGCGCCGGGGCUGCGCCGGGGAUGCGCGUCCCCGGGCCUGCGGCUCCUCCCGGCUGCGCGCGGGCGAUGGAGCUGAGCAUGAAGAAGUUCACGGUGCGCAGGUUCUUCUCCGUGUACCUGCGCAGGAAGUCGCGCUCCAAGAGCUCCAGCCUCGGUCGGCUCGAGGAGGAGGGCGUGGUCAAGGAGAUCGACAUCAGCCACCACGUGAAGGACGGCUGCGAGAAGGCCGACCCCUCCCAGUUUGAGCUGCUGAAGGUCUUGGGACAAGGCUCCUACGGGAAGGUGUUCCUGGUGCGCAAGGCCGUGGGGCCGGACGCCGGGCAGCUGUACGCCAUGAAGGUGCUGAAAAAGGCGACGCUGAAAGUUCGGGACCGCGUCAGGUCGAAGAUGGAGAGAGACAUCUUGGCAGAGGUGAACCACCCCUUCAUUGUGAAGCUGCACUACGCCUUCCAGACGGAGGGGAAGCUCUACCUGAUCCUGGACUUCCUGCGCGGAGGGGACCUCUUCACCCGGCUCUCCAAGGAGGUGAUGUUCACGGAGGAGGACGUCAAGUUCUACCUGGCAGAGCUGGCCCUGGCGCUGGACCACCUGCACGGCCUGGGCAUCAUCUACAGGGACCUGAAGCCCGAGAACAUCCUGCUGGACGAAGAGGGUCACAUCAAGGUCACAGACUUCGGGCUGAGCAAGGAGGCCAUCGACCACGACACGCGCGCCUACUCGUUCUGCGGGACCAUCGAGUACAUGGCGCCCGAGGUGGUGAACCGGCGGGGCCACACGCAGAGUGCCGACUGGUGGUCCUUCGGGGUGCUCAUGUUCGAGAUGCUCACGGGGUCCCUGCCGUUCCAGGGCAAGGACAGGAAGGAGACCAUGGGCCUCAUCCUCAAGGCCAAGCUGGGCAUGCCCCAGUUCCUCAGCACCGAGGCGCAGAGCCUGCUGCGAGCGCUCUUCAAGCGGAACCCGUGCAACCGGCUGGGUGCGGGCAGCGACGGCGUGGAGGAGAUCAAGCGUCACCCGUUCUUCGCCACCAUAGACUGGAACAAGCUGUACCGGAAGGACAUCAAGCCGCCCUUCAAGCCCGCGGUGGGCCGGCCCGAGGACACCUUCCACUUCGACCCCGAGUUCACAGCCCGGACGCCCACGGACUCGCCGGGCGUGCCCCCAAGCGCCAACUCGCACCAACUGUUCAGAGGCUUCAGUUUCGUGGCCUCCAACCUGGUCCAGGAGCCCCCGCAGCAGGACCCGCACAGAGCGGCCGUUCACCCCAUCGUGCAGCAGCUGCACGGGGACAACGUCCACUUCUCCGACGGCUACGAGGUCAAGGAGGACAUCGGGGUGGGCUCCUACUCCGUGUGCAAGCGGUGCGUGCACAGAGCCACGGACACUGAGUACGCCGUGAAGAUCAUCGACAAGAGCAGGAGGGACCCCUCGGAGGAGAUCGAGAUCCUGCUGCGGUAUGGCCAGCACCCCAACAUCAUCACCCUCAAGGACGUCUACGACGAGGGGCAGUUCGUGUACCUGGUGACGGAGCUGAUGCGCGGUGGGGAGCUGCUGGACCGCAUCCUGCGGCAGCGCUGCUUCUCGGAGCGCGAGGCCAGCGCCGUGCUGUGCACCAUCGCCCGGACCAUGGACUACCUGCACUCGCAGGGGGUCGUGCACCGGGACCUGAAACCGAGCAACAUCCUGUACGUGGACGAGUCCGGGAACCCCGAGUCCAUCCGGAUCUGCGACUUCGGGUUCGCCAAGCAGCUGCGCGCCGAGAACGGGCUGCUGAUGACGCCCUGCUACACGGCCAACUUCGUGGCCCCCGAGGUCCUGAAGCGGCAAGGCUAUGACGCGGCGUGCGACAUCUGGAGCCUGGGCAUCCUGCUGUACACCAUGCUGGCGGGAUUCACGCCUUUUGCUAACGGGCCGGACGACACCCCGGAGGAGAUCCUCGCGCGGAUCGGCAGCGGGAAGUACGCGCUGUCCGGGGGCAACUGGGACUCGGUCUCGGAGGCGGCCAAGGACGUGGUGUCCCAGAUGCUGCACGUGGACCCGCAGCAGCGCCUGACAGCGCUUCAGGUCCUCAAACACCCGUGGGUGGUGAACCAAGAGCACCUGCCCCAGAGCCAGCUCAGCCGGCAGGACGUCCACCUGGUGAAGGGCGCCAUGGCCGCCACCUACCUUGCCCUCCACAGGACGCCCCAGGCCCCGCGGCUGGAGCCCGUGCUGUCGUCCGGCCUGGCCCAGCGCAGGGGCAUGAAGAGACUCACGUCCACGCGGCUGUAGCCAGCAGGACCCGACGCCUGGCUGCGGGCACCGGCCUGGGACCUGCGCAUGGGCGCUGCUUGAGCGACCACGGGCGCCUUCGCUGGGCCCCCGUUUCCCCUUCAGCCUGAGAGGGUCCCAGGGCGCCCACCCCACACCUCGCUCUGCCGCCCCCUUCCCCGGCGGCCGCAGGGACGCCUGUCGCCACUGCACGCGAAGGCCUUCCCCACCCGGCACCUGCUUCCCGGGUGGAUCUGCCACAUGAGGGCCGUGGCCAGGCAGGAGGAAGCGGGCAUGGCAGCGCCUCCCUGGAGGGGCCGGCGGCUGAAGGUGACAGAGGGCACGGGCACAGGAGCAGAGCCCGGCCCCUGACUAUGACCUACGUCUUGAUGGCCUCGUCUCGCUGCCCCACGUGUGUAAUGAGGUCCGGGCUGUGUCCUCGCAGCAGAUCUGAAUGGGAGGCACCCCCAGAACCGCCUGCGCUCGGCCUUGGUGCCCCCUUGGUGCCCAGAAGGAGCCAGCAGGCGCCCGUGCAGCCCGCCCCGGCUCUGGAUGGCAGCGGCCCCGGGGCUGGGCGUCCCGCGGGCUGAGGGCCUGGCUUGCUCCCUCCCCUGUCCCGGAGACACUGUGACCUCGGGACCCUGACCUCGGGCCUCUGUCGCCCACUGGGGUCGGGGGCACGGCCAGGGCCGCGUCCGCACGGGAUGCCCUUUGCGGAAGCGGAGCUGUGUGAGCUGCGCCUGCUGCGGGGUCUGUCCUCGGCCAGUGAGUCCGGGUGUCCCGGGUGCACGUGGGCGCUCAGGCUGCGCCCCUUCGUUAAUAAAAUCCUGACGGCUCCGCCCGGGGCUGGAGGAGGCAGCGCCUGGGUCCUCAUCUCCUCCAGCUCGUGCCCAGUGGGGGAGCCACCCCCGCCGGGCGGAGGAGGACCGUCACUUGUCUGUCCCUCUGUCCGUCCCUCUGCUCAGGCCAGGCUACAGGAGCGACUGUCGGGCACAGCCAGGUUUUCCCUAAAAAGACGACAUUUUAUUGUUUCUUUUGUCCUUCAAUCUCAACUCCAGUACCACACACACACACACACGUGCAUGCACACGCACAGACACGCACACACAGGCACAGACACACACAGACAGACACGCACACACAGGCACAGACACACGCACAGACACGCACACACAGGCACAGACACACGCACAGACACACACACACGCACGUGCACGCACAGGGGCCGCUGCUGGAAAGCGCCUCCCACGUGGGCUGUGGCCUCAGACCCAGCAGGUGAACGGGGGUCCACACAGCGCUUUCUCUCCGCGCAGGGGACAAAGGCAGGACGGAGGCGCCGGUUCCCGCAGAGCCCACUGGCCCUGCUGUUUUCUCAGUGGAAAGCGCUCCCCUGGCUCCGUGACUCCCGCCGCCCGUCUGCUUGGGCCUGAGUUGCUUUACUUAUUACCAGAAACGGGGAACCAGGGCGCCUGCAGGUCCCGGGUUCACCCUCCUAGAAACCCGCCCAAGUCAUGCGUCCUGUUUGCCGGGGCCCCAGCUGCCCACCGCGCCCUCAGCUGGGUGUCUGUGGGGAGGGGUGGGGGUUGGGGGGGGCCUGAGCGCUGCCGGGGACCCAGAGCUGAGAGCCCUGAGCAGCGAGCGGAGCGAGGACCCCUCCCUCCCCAGCGAGGAGUCCCUGAGAAGAGACCAUGCCACACUGGAAACCGAGCUUCCCCAAGUCUUAGGUGACAGGGCGGGGCCGCACCCUCGGUGGGAAUGACGGGGUCUGAGAGUUCACACGCUUGCGCGGGGCUCCCCGAACCUGGCGCCUGGUAAGGCUCCCCAGGAUUCGCACAGACGGCAGGAAGUCACAGCCCUGCUCACACCUCGGACCGCACCCCCUGGUCAGACACCCCGACUCUGUCCUGAGGAAACCACACCCUGACCUCGGCCUCCAGCCCCCCGCCUCGCGGACCCUUCAGGUGGGCCCCCAGUUGGAGAAACCUGGCCCGCCCCUCGGUGUGCGCUGCCGCCCAGUCGGACGGGCGAGGGUGAGUCACCUCCGUCCCAGGUGAGACUGCGAGGACCUGACCAGCCGCGCGGGUCCGUGUCCAGGAGGCGGACCCCCUUCUGCAGGACAGUGGCCAGUGUGGCUCACCAGGCGGUGUGUCCCCCAGGCGCGGCUGGGCCCCCGCAUGGCGCCGACUGCACUGUGUUUGCCCCCGAGAGCAGAACGGGACCCCACGCGUCGAAAAGCCAGGGACUCCCGGGUGGCCUCGCCCAGCUGGGGGGCGGGGCCUCCAAGGCUGUGCCGGCCAGUGGAGGCUGCACCCCACCUGCUCCCCGCCCGCCCGCCCCGCCCCGCACUCCGCUCGCCGCCGGUGAUGUUUACAGGCCUCUGUUCGCUUGUGGGUUGUGUUUGCAAUGGGCGGCCCUGCACACGUAUUUAUUACGCUUUCCAGACUUUCUGAAUAGAUUUUUUAAAUAAACACGGGUUUUAUGA